AUGUUGAGAAAUUGGAACACUAAAUACCUCUCACAAGUAGGCAAGGAAAUCCUCCUCAAAGCAAUAGUGCAAGCAAUCCCUACUUAUAGCAUGGGUUUGUUUAAACUUCCUAAACUCUUGCUACAAACUCUUAACAAAGUUAUGAGCAGAUACUGGUGGGGCAAACAGGCACAAGAGAACAAGAUUCAUUGGGUGAGUUGGCAUCAAAUGAGAAGAGCUAUGAAGAUAGGAGGCUUGGGAUUCAAGGAUUUUGAUAACUUUAAUACUGUUUUGUUGGCCAAACAAGGAUGGGGGCUUAUUCAAAAUCCCUACUCCCUUUUGGCUCAAGUUGUCAGAGCAAAGUACUUCCUAGCCACUAAUUUCUUGAAAGCUAAACUGGGCAGCAGUCCUUCUUACAUAUGGCAAAGUAUCUUAUCUACAAGACCUCUUUUGGAGGAUGGCCUUUUAUGGAGGAUUGGCAAUGGAGAGGCAAUUAGUAUUUGGACUGAUAAGUGGCUCCCUCAACAUACCACUUUUAAACCUCAAAGCUCAAUCCGGUUUCUACAGGUUGAUACUAAAGUUUCUAAUCUUAUUGACUCAGAUACUUAUCAAUGGAAUGAAUCACUAGUUAAUGUCAUAUUCUCCAGAGAAGAAACAAAAAUUAUAAAAGCUAUUCCUAUUAGUCACUGCAACAGGCCUAAUAAGAGGAUUUGGAGAUGCAUUGUUAAGGGUAACUUUAUUGUCAAAAGUGCAUAUCAUCUCUGUAAAGAACUACAAGAUCGUGACAAAUGUCAAUCCACAUUCUAA